AUGCCGUCGCGCACUCGACAAGGCCCCUCCGUUGCAGUGGAGGAUGUGGAAUCUGAAGAGCCCUCCGGUGGCCUUCGCCGCUUGAAAUUCAAUGAGCCGCUUUCAUGGCGCGUCGGACGCUCCGCCAUCCCCAUCGCAGAUCUGCUGCAGCGCCUACAGACGCUGUCGCAAGAGCUGCGCAAGUUCGACCAGGAAGAAGUCGAGAAGGAAUCUCUGACGAAGGUCUCGCAGGAGCUUGCUACAGCUCAACUACUAGGACAUAAGGAUAAAGGUGUCCGCGCUUGGGCGACAUGCUGCAUCGUGGAUGUGUUGCGCCUCUGUGCGCCUGACGCGCCUUUCACGGGGAAUCAACUGAAAGAUAUCUUUACUUGUAUUGUGUCAUCGAUCAUCCCCUCGCUGGGGGAUCCCUCGAAUCCUUACAACGGGCAACACAUCUACGUCUUGAAUUCGCUGGCGGAGGUCAAGAGUGUUGUUCUUAUGACUGACUUAGAUCACCCGGACACUUUAGUCGUUCCGUUGUUUACCAGUUGCUUUGAUAUUGUCGCAGGCUCCGCCAAAGCCUCAACAGGCGAGCCAGUGGCCAAGAAUGUUGAGUAUGACAUGACUCGCCUGUUAGUGACAGUUAUCGAUGAGUCGCCCGUUCUCGCGCCCGAUGUGGUAGACGUAAUAAUGGCGCAGUUCCUGCGCGUCGAUCCCCGUGUCGUGGAAGGCCCAGGAAAGAAAGGGAAGAAACCCGAGGCUCAGGUCGACGAGAAGCAAGAGACGCUGCUUCUGAAGGAUUACCCACCAGCUUACAACAUGGCGAAGGCGAUCUGCCAGGCUUGUCCGGAAAGAAUGACUAGUCAUGUCAGCCAGUACUUUAACAAUGUUAUCAUUGAUGCUUCAUCCGCCGGAGCUCAGAAUAGGCCCUCGAAGCAAUCUCGCAAGCCUAACCUCGAUGACUCGGAUGAGGAGGGCGAAGAUAUCAAAGAAUUGGGCAAAGCGCAUCGCUUGAUCCGUGAGCUCUGGAGAGCGUGUCCCGACGUCCUGCAGAACGUUAUUCCUCAAUUAGAAGCAGAAUUAUCCGCCGAAUCGAUGUCAUUGCGCCUAUUGGCGACUCAGACCAUUGGUGACCUGACAUCAGGGACCGGGGUUGCUGGACCACCCCCUUCUCUCCCGAUGGACCCUGCCGCCUAUCCACAGGUAAAACUGGACGAAUACACGCAAUCGAUCCCACAGCCCAACGUUCUCCUUAUGCCUUUCGCUCCGAAGCCUUUCUCACAAGCACACAGCUCUGCGUAUGACAGCUUUUUGAGCCGUCGCUUGGACAAAUCAGCUUCUGUGCGAGCUUCUUGGGCUACAGCUAUUGGCCGAAUUAUACUAACUUCUGCGGGUGGCUCGGGAUUGAGCGAUAACGAAGAGCAAACCCUUAUCACACAUCUUGCGUCGAUGCUUCGGGACGCUGAUGAAAGAGUCCGCUUAGCAGCGGUCGAUGCCGUUGGCACCUUUGGAUUUUCCCAUAUUGUAAACAAACUAGGGGUUAGCGGUGGGGUUUCAACUGAGGACUCAUUACUCUUCAUCCUCGCAGAGCGUGUCAAAGACCGAAAGUCGCAGGUGCGCGAACAUGCUACGAAAAUCUUGGCCCGGGCUUGGGCUGUCGCGUCUGGUGAAAUAGAGCAGGACCACGAACAGGUUACAGCCCUGCUAAAAGAAGGGCCGUCGAGGAUACUAGACGCCUAUUAUACCAAUGACCCCGAGAUCCACGUUUCAAUCGACCGUGCCAUGUUCGAGGUCCUUCUUCCGCUCAGCUAUCCUCCCAUCAAGCCCAAGCUUUCUAGAAGUGGUUCAAGUCAGUCUCAGAGACUAAAGGACUCGCAAGCUAUUGAGCCCGAGAGCGAGUCUGACGUCGACAAGAUCCGCGUUCGUCGCAUUCUCACUCUCUUGAGCGGACUGGACGAAAAGGCCAAAAAGGUGUUCUUCGCCAUGCAGAAGCGCCAGGUAUCGCUGAGGACUGCUGUCACCGUCUAUCUACAAGCAUGCGAGGAGUACAACGGCGGCGUAAUGGAAAAGAAUAAGGAUCAAAUCAAGGCUCAACUUACAAAAGUGGUUGACGCUCUGGCAAAGACCUUCCCCGAUUCAGGGAGGACAUCUGCCGACUUAUGGAAGUUCGCAAAGAUCCAUGACCGACGAAGCUAUCAACUCAUCCGUUUUGCGAUAGCUGCUGUGAGUGACUAUCGCACCGUUACCAAAGCUAUCAAAGAGCUUGCAAGGAGGAUACAAGCCAGCAAUACUACAAUCCUCCACGAGACCCUCACACCCUUAUUAUAUCGCUGUAGCUCGAUUGUCUUCAAUAGAAGUCAUAUACCUGCGAUCAUGGGCAUUUCGCGGUCAGAUGAGAACGGGUUAGCGGCCCCGGCGCAUGAAAUGCUGAAAGAAAUCUCGUCGCUCAACCCCGAGGUUCUGGAAGCUCAGGUUCAGGAGAUUUGCAAAGACUUAGAGGCACAAGCCCCGAAGGCCGCCACGGUGAGCGCUGCUGGUACAGAGGAGAUCCUCAAGGCUUGCUCUGGGUUCGCGAAGAAGCUCCCUUCGAAGCUACCGAAGCAGCGCAAGUUUUAUCAGGCUCUUGUUGAUUACGCCCUCCACAGCCCGUCGCCUCGUGCUGCCAAGCAUGCAGUCUUUAUUCUUAUGGCUGUCGCUGAUAAAAAGGAGAUGUACGCCAAAGAUCUCGUCGAGAAAUGUGUCUCCAAAUGCACCUACAAUUCCGACCGGUUCCUUACCAAACUCGCAACGUUAUCGCAACUCAAUCUUCUUGCUCCGCGACAAGCUGACGAGGAGAGCGACGCCAUCAUCAAGAUUUCCGUCAAUCAGAUUCUGUUGACAAAUCGAUCACCCACUCCGGAUUCAGAGUAUUCCUGGUCUAAUCAAGUGGACGAUGAAACAGCAGCCAAGGAAUGGGCCCUCAAAAUUAUUGUCAACCGCCUGCGCGCCAAAGAUGGGUCUGAUAGUGACGAAGAUUUCCGGGCUCACGCACAGCCCGUCUAUGAUACCCUCAAUAAACUUAUCGUGAAUUCGGGCGAGUUGUCGAAGAAGAAAGACACUCCAGCUACCCAGAAAUCGAGGUUGCGGCUCUUGGCCGCCAAUUCAUUGCUAAAGCUAUGUAGCUCACAUGCUCUGUGCGAACAGCUGCUCACGCCAAAAGAUUUCAAUUCAAUUGCGCUUGUAGCUCAGGAUCCCAUCCCAGAAGUGAGAAGCGGAUUCAUUAACCAACUCAAGAAGAAGCUUGUGCAGGACACCCGGCUGGGUCCGCGGUGGUAUGUCAUACCUUACUUACUCGCAUUUGAGCCGCAAGUUGGUCUGAAAGAUAGCACUCUGACAUGGCUGCGAUCCCGGGCCGCAUUCUUUGCCCAGCAGACGGGCGGCAAGAAGGGCGAGAAGCAGACAGUCAUGGAAGCCUUGUUCUCACGUCUUUUAUCCCUCCUUGCGUAUCACCCUGAUUACCCACCGGCAGAUCUAGAUGAGUCCACGAAACUGGACGAGUUGACAGAUUUCGCCCGUUAUAUUCUCUUCUACCUUUCUGCAGUGGCGAAUGAGCACAACCUCUCCCUCAUAUUCCACAUCGCCCAGCGUGUCAAGCAGGCACGGGACGGAAUCACCAAGUCCGACGAAAUGUCCACACGCCUUCAUACACUUUCCGAUCUAGCACAAGCAACAAUCCGACGAUUUGCGGACAUUUAUUCUCAACAACGGAGGUUCGGCGGAGGCGCCGGUGGUGUCAGCAUUCUUCAAACAUACCCCGGCAAGGUGGGUGUGCCUAGUUCCAUUUUCGCGCCAAUGGGCAGUCACCGAGAGGCGCAAGAGGUCGCCGACACAACGUUCCUCCCAGAAGACGCCGAGGACAGACUCGACCGAGUCGUGCGAGCGUCAAUGCGGACUAAGAGCGGGUCGAGUCAGGCCGCUGCAAAGAAGAGGAAGACUGAUAACGCGCACGAGGGCAAUCGCGACGCCAGCGCGACGAAGAAGGCAAAGAAGAACAGCGAAACUUCAUCCAAGCGGAAAUCGGCCGCGUCGACCGUGGGCUCAAGGACACCCAAGCGCAAGAGUACUAAGAAGACUGGUGAUGACUGGUCAUCGGAUGGCGGCGAAGCGGCAGGUGAAGCCGCCAACAGUGCCGCUCGGAGACGCAGCAACAGAGGAGGCGGCUCACGGAGAAUCAGCUAUGCGGACCGCGACAGUGAUGACGACGACAUGGAGAUGGACGAAUGGAACCAGGGUCAAGAAGAGGAAGGUGAAGAGCAAGCCGAGGGCGCUGAAGAUGCGUCCAGUGACAGCGAACUGAGUGAAGCCGAUAGCAAUAUGCUAGAGGAGCUUGACGACGAUGACAAUGAGACCUCAGAGAAGGAAAACGAGCCUCAUGACGAGCAGAACGGGGAUCAUGCAAAAUCUGAAUCCCCGGCGCCCGUCGACUCAAAGGCGAAAUCGAAAUCAGCUGGCAAGCGGGCACCAAAGACACCGACGAGAACAACGACUCUUCCAACGCGAAGAUCUGCUCGUCGUUGA